AAGUGAAGGGCAAAAGUAUCAUUUAACAUACCUAACAGAAAGUGGUCUCGCUUGUUGGUGUUUAAAGAAGAGAAAAGCGGGAGUGCGACUUAGAAACCUUUCUUCCUUCGCUUUUGUGUCUUUAGACAGUGGAAAUGGAAGCUUGAGUGAGAGGGAGGAAGCUUCUUCAUACUUGAGUGACAUAAACAUGACGAGAGGAAUGGCACGUGACCACCACGAUCUUGAGAAACAGAUUCAGAAGCAGAUGGGUUGCAUGGCCGGCUUCCUUCACAUCUUCGACCGCCACCACAUGCUCGCCGGAAAACGCAUCUACUCCGCCAAAACACUCCCUCCCGGAAGCGACACGUCACCGGAGCCGGAAAACAACAACGCUGUGUCUGACGUGGAAUCGACACACGCACCGUCCACCCCGGAGCGCGUGACGCAACCUCCCACGCCGGAAGCUACAACUCCGCGACCGAAGACUCCCGUUCCCCUUCCCGCAUUCGAAGUCAAGGAAGGCACGCGGUCUCCAUGGAAGUUUUCCAGGGAGGCUCCGAGGCUUUCGUUGGAUAGCAGAGCCGUCGUUGACGCAAAAGGAGCGCUUCACCCGAGACAGAUCCGAGCCAGCAGCAACAACAACAACACGCCACAAUCUCCUGCUGCUGACGUGGACAAGCAGCGCCGAUCCACCAGCGUCAUUGCAAGGCUCAUGGGAUUGGAUGAGCCUUCCCAAGACUCGGAUCCUGAACCGGAGUUGAAAUCCGAGCUCCGAAGAUCAGCUUCGGAGUCUAGGCUUCCCAGAGAUCUGAACCUGAACCAGUACCAGUACCAGUACCGUUUCUUCGACCCUAACGGUUUUCAGUUAAAGCAGUUAAGCUCUCGUGACAGUGCAUCAUCCGGUAAUAAUGCUGAUAAUUUUCUUGAUACCAAUGCAUUUUCAAAACGCAAUGGCAGAUUCUCAGAUCCAAAAGCUUUCACCGUACGGAACGCCAAGGCAGAGCCAACCAGAGCUAAUAUCAAUAUCAGAAACAGGGGAGCCGUACAGAGGAAGAGCUUCUACGAUUCCGCUGACAUUUUCCCUGAUACCAAACAACACAGUGCCUCUAUCUACGGCGAGUUCGAUCGGAGGGUGAAGAUGCGAGGCAUCGAUGAACCUUCCAAAGAUCUAGAGACGCUCAAGCAAAUCCUUGAGGCUGUGCAACUCAAAGGCCUCCUCCAUUCCCGCAACUACGAGUCUACGAUUAACAACCACCGGAACCUUCUCUUGGAACGGAACGACUCUCCUAUAGUCUUGAUGAAACCAGGGAGGCCUUACGGUUCAGCUUUGUACCGAACCGGUAGGCUCGGGAAUGAUUCUCCUCCACCUUCCAGCUUCGGGUACAGUCCCCGGGCUCGUCGAAACAAUGAGAUAUUGCUUAGCCCGAGGCGCGAAACUGAUAAUGGCAACAUGAGGGCUGUGUCUCAGGCCAGGGCCAGAAGCCUGUGCUCUGCAACGCGCGGUGAGAGCGAAAUGAGGAGCCCGAACCGGAUGCGAAAGGUGAGUGGUGACUCUGGUGGUAUUAACAGAGGAGUUGCGCCGGUUAGAGUUAGCUCGAGGACUGUUGCACCUGAGCAGCACGUGACGAGCCGAUCGCCGAGAAUGAGAAGAGGGACUUUCCAAAAGGAACAUAAAGCGGCGAUGGGAGCGGCAGAGGAUGCAUAUUCCACCGUCUCAGAGAGCAGUUUCAGCACUUGCUCACAGACUGAUACAGAGAGGUUGAAAAUCGAGGAGAACAGGGAAGGGAGGAGUCUACUGGAGAGGUGCGACAAGCUGCUGAACAGCAUAGCGGAGAUAACGGCAUCAGGGCAGGGAGAGUCGCAACAACCGAGUCCAGUAUCGGUUCUGGACUCGUCGUUUUACAAGGAGUCGUCGUCGUGUUCGCCAUCACCGGUGAUGAAACGGUGCAUUGAUUACAAAGAGCAAGCAGGGGAUUCAGAAGAUGAAAUGUGGAAUGCAGCGUUGUGGUGCAGCGAGGACACCGAUUUCCUAUACGUUUCGGAGAUACUGCGUGCUUGCAACCACUUGCCGGAGGACAGCGACAUCUUCCUUCUGCUGGAGAAGCAGCAGUACCUAAAGGGGAACGACACCUCCAAGGCCUCCACGCUUCGGAGACGUUUGAUCUUCGACACAGUUCGCGAAAUCCUCCACCGAAACCGCCGCCUUCCGCCCUGGAAAGAGGCCUCCUGGGCUGAGAAUACGGAACUCUUGCGGCGGAUUUGGACGGAAUUUCGGAGGAUCCGAGGGAGGGAGGAGGAGGAGGAGGUGUCUGAGGAGCUGUUCGAGGUGAUAUGCGGUGUGCUUAGAAAGGACGUGGCGGAGGAAGGGGUGGACGAAUGGGGAGAGCGCCAUGUGGAGAUGGGAGAUGUGGUGUUAGACAUGGAGCGCCUCGUGUUCAAGGACCUCAUUGGUGAAACCAUUAGAGAGCUUGCGUGGUUGAGGAAACCUCAAUUUAACAAAAGCAUAUCAGUCUCUGCGUACCGCAGGAAGUUGUUGUUUUGAUUGAAAUUAAGAACACUAAUGAAUCAAGUGAAUGGAUUUUGAGGGCAAACAAAAGAGAAGAGAGAAGAAAGCAGCAAAGUGGGCAAUAACACAAUACACACAAAGAAAGUAGAACAAAAAAGAAAAAAGAAAAGAAAAGAAAGAAAAGAAGAUCGCUUUGUUUAAAUUUUGGCGCGCUUGCUUCUUUUGUUU